GUAGUGCUUGUCGGGAUCUUUACGCGGAUGGAGGAGUGAAAUAAUUGACAAUAAACACAUAUCGUCGGUGCCCGGAGUUUGUCAAAGCGGUUCGUGCAGCAGUUUUUAGCCACCAUAAUAUCAAUGAUAGAGUUAUAUCCAGAAGGCGUCGUGUGAAGCUUUGCAGUUGCUGACAGCUGUUUGGACUCGGAGAAAUGGAGCAUAUCCGCACCCCAAAGGUGGAGCAGGUGCGGCUGUUGGAUCGCUUCAGCAACAAAUCCACAAAUGGCACACUCUAUCUCACAGCUACACAUCUCAUCUUUGUGGAGAGCAGCACUAACAAUUCAGCGUCUGCAGCACAGGAGAUCUGGAUUUUGCACCACCAUAUAGCCUCUGUUGAUAAGCUCUCCCUGACCACCACAGGCUGUCCACUGGUCAUUCAGUGUCGGAACUUCAGAUUGGUUCAUUUUGUGGUACAGAGAGAAAGAGACUGCCAUGACAUCUACAGCUCGCUGUUGCGUCUUCUGCGGCCUGUAUCCUAUGAGGAGCUCUAUGCAUUCUCCUACAACCCCAAACAGAACGACCAGCAGCGAGAGGAAGGAUGGCAGCUCAUCGACCUGGGGGCAGAGUUUGAAAGGAUGGGCGUCCCCUGCGACCAAUGGCAGCUCACCGACGUCAACAGAGACUUUAAGGUGUGUGAGACAUAUCCACGUGACCUGUAUGUUCCCAUCACUGCCAGUAAGCCUAUCAUUGUGGGGAGUUCCAAGUUCAGAAGCAAAGGACGUUUUCCUGUGCUAACAUACUUCUACCAAGAGAAGAAGGCAGCAGUGUGCCGGUGCAGCCAGCCUCUCUCUGGGUUCAGUGCACGAUGCUUGGAGGAUGAGAGCUUGCUGCAGGCCAUCAGCAAAGCCAAUCACAACAGCCGAUUUGUCUACGUCAUGGAUACCAGGCCAAAGUUGAAUGCGCUGGCUAACCGAGCAGCAGGUAAAGGUUACGAAAACGAGGACAACUAUUCAAACAUCCGCUUCCAGUUCGUCGGCAUCGAAAACAUCCACGUAAUGAGGACCAGCCUGCAGAAAUUACUUGAAGUGAUAGGAACCCGGUCUCUCUCCAUGAGUGACUAUCUGGUGGGUCUGGAGAGCUGUGGCUGGCUGCGGCAUAUCAAAGCUGUUGUGGAUGCAGCUAUCUUUCUUGCAAAGGCGGUGACCGUGGAGGGAGCCAGCGUGUUGGUUCAUUGUUCAGACGGUUGGGACAGAACAGCCCAGGUCUGCUCUCUGGGGUCACUGCUCAUGGACCCCUACUACCGCACCAUCAAGGGCUUCAUGGUACUGAUAGAGAAAGACUGGAUCUCCUUUGGCCAUAAGUUUGCAGACAGGUGUGACCAAUUGGACGGAGAUCCAAAGGAAGUGUCUCCAAUCUUCACUCAGUUCCUGGAGUGUGUGUGGCAGCUGACCGAGCAGUUUCCACAGGCGUUUGAGUUCAGUGAGUGGUUCCUGCUGCAGAUCCACGAACACGUCCACUCCUGUCAAUAUGGCAACUUUCUCAGCAACAAUCAGAGACAGAGAGAGGAUCUGCAGCUGAGAGAACGGACUCAUUCACUGUGGGCAUAUUUAAUGAGCGAAAAACAGAAUUACCUGAAUCCAUUCUACAGCCCUGCGUACUCUGAAGCACACCCUGUGCUGGAGCCCUCCACCCUGCCCUACCAUUUCAAGUUCUGGAGAAACAUGUACCACCAGUUUGAUAGGUCAAUGCACCCACGUCAGUCCAUCCUUAAAACCAUUUUGACCCUGAGAGAGAACAGCCGCAAGACAGAGAGCACCCUGCAAGAACUGGAGAGUAGGCUCCGCCAGCUUGGUGUGACCCCCAUCACGACCGCUGACCUGCCUGCACCUCCUCCAACCAGAGAUCAACACUCUAACACCAACACCCUCCCGCCACGUCCAGACUCCCUAAUUCUGGGGGCGCCUAUCAACCACAAAGAGGUGCAGCGGCAGGAGGACGACAACAACGACGAACAGGAGGAAGUGGGCGAGGAGGCCACUGAGAGCAUAGACACCGAGCGGACAGUAGAGGGCAGCAGUGGCACAGAGAGCAGGAAGCAGAGCUAUGGAGAGCUGGAAGGGACAUACAACAGCGAGCUGGCCAAAGAAGAGCCAGCUGUUGUCAGUCUGGAGUUUGGAGUGGCACGCAUGUCCUGCUGAGACCAAACUGGGGGAUUGUGGGAUACUGAGGGACACGCGCAAUCUGAAGGCUUACUGAAAGUGUGUGCGUGUUGGUGUGGUGGGAGGGGGGCUGUGGUUCUGUAUGUGAUUAUGUGCUGAUUACGCAAUGGUCCUUAAUGGGCCGAGUGGAUGAAAUUGUAUGUCUGUAUAGUCAAAAUCUCUAUGGAAAGCGCCAUUAUUAUGUCAUAUACUGCACCUAUAGAAAAAUAACGUGUUUUUUUAUGAAUGUUGAAAAGCUCUAUAGAGAAUUAAUGAACAGAAUAAGAGAAUAAAUUCAUCCUCAAGAAAAUG